UCAAGUAGUUCGCGUUACAGUUGAUUAUGACUCUGAUCAUUUUAUUUUCAACUUUAUUCAUAACUAUAAUAUUAUGUGUAUCCAGUGCUCGUAUUCUUGGUGUAUUUCCACACUUUGGUAAAAGUCACCAUCAAGUAUAUUUGCCUUAUAUGCAUGAAUUAGCAAAUUGUGGACAUUAUAUUUUAAUAAUUAGUUAUUUUGAAUCCUCGCAUCCUAAUAUUACAGAUAUCAGUUUAAAUAGUAUUAAACCCACGUUUGAAAACAGUAAGGAAAUUCCUGACAUAUCAUCAUUUAGGUUAAGAGAUUGGUUAUCAGAGAUAUUAUUACUGUACAGACUCGCACAAGAUACUGAAAAUCUAUUUGAAGUACAGGGAGUUAAAGAAUUAGUAAAUAACAAUAGUCAAAAAUUCGAUUUAGUUAUAACUGAACAUUUUAAUAGUGAAUUUGCUCUGGGUUUUGCCGUUAAAUAUAAUGCACCAUUUAUACUGCUUAGUAGCUGCGCCCUCUUACCAUGGACGGCUUCUGCAGUUGGACAGCCACAUGAGGUAUUAUACAGACCUGCGACUGCUAGUGGAUUAUCACAAAAUAUGAAUUUAUAUGAAAAAUUUCAAAAUAUUCUAUAUACAUUCGGUUGGAAUUUAGUAUUUCGAUUAUUCCACCGACCAUGGAGUCAACGAAUUAUUCGAGAAAAAUUAAAUCUACAGCUUAACAUUAAUGAUUUUGUUUUAAAAGCAAGUUUAGUGUUGGUCAAUAGUCAUUUUUCAAUGAAUGGACCAUAUCCUUUGGUUCCACAAAUAGUUGAAGUUGGCGGAUUGCACAUAAAACAACCUGAUAGAUUACCACAAGACAUACAAAAAUUCCUUGAUGAAUCAGAACAUGGAGUUAUUUAUUUUUGUAUGGGAAGUAUUCUGCGAGGAGAAACAUUUCCAGAAAAAAAGAGACAAAUGUUCUUAAAUGUAUUUAAUAAACUUCCUCAAAGAGUAUUAUGGAAAUAUGAAGGUGAAAACUUACCGUGGAAAAGUCUUAAUAUUAUGACAAAAAAGUGGAUGCCUCAACGAGAAAUAUUAGCUCAUCCAAACGUUAAACUGUUUAUUUCACAUGGUGGUAUGUUGAGUACUACUGAAGCUGUUUACGAAGGAGUGCCAAUUAUAGCAAUGCCUAUAUUUGCUGACCAAAUGACCAAUAUUAAAGGAGUUAUGACCUCGGGAGCUGCAGAAUUGCUAAAUUAUAACAAUUUAGAAGAAAAUGAAAUUUUAACAAAAAUAGUAGCCAUGAUUAAUAAUCCAAUAUAUAAACAAAAAGCCAAGGAGUUAGCAGAGAGAUUCCACGAUCGACCUUUAACUCCUUUAAAAACAGCAGUGUAUUGGACGGAGUAUGUUAUACAACAUAAAAGUGAUCAUCAUAUAAAAUCUUCAGCAGUUGAAAUGUCGUGGUAUCAAAAUUAUAUGAUUGAUGUAAUAUUAGUAGCAUUAAUUUUUUUAACAGUAAUUUGUUUCACAUUUUUUUAUUUUUCCUUAAAAAUUCUGCAUUUUUUUCAAUUAAUGCUAAAAUUAAAAAAAUAUAACGUUUAAAUAAUUCAUGUAUUAAAAUAAAUACAACUCUAAUUUAUGUUCAAUACAAACAUAAGGUGUAGGGUAUAAAAAAUGCUUGGAUGACUUAAGCACCAUUAUAGAAAUUUACUAUGCAAUUAUAGAUUUAAUUGUAUAUAAAUAUAAAUUCUUAUUAUUAUUAUUUUUGACU